UGUAGGGCGGGGCUUGCGAGUGGGAUGACGCUUGGCAGCGAGCCAUUGUGAAAGCUUCCUUCUGCUUAAAGGGAGCGAGGAUGCGUGUGUCCCCAGCACCCCUCCCGCCCACCAGGAAACAACAUCUGUUAGGAAUGACAGCUCCUUGUUUUGAGCCCUUUGUUUGCAACUGUCUCCCGCGGCUGGAGCUCCAGCCAGCACUCGUUUUCGGAGACCGGUCUCUUCCCUGGUGUUUCUCCCUUUCCAAGCUAUUUCUCCGCCCUAAAGUUUGCAAAGUCCGCAGCUUUGCGGACUUUGCAACCUUCGCCCCCAAUACUAGAGAGUCUACUGUGCACCCUGGACGGGCAAGUUUGUGAAAUAAUUCCCAUCCCCAUAAAAAGAUUUUCCGGGAAGCAGUUCUUGGCUUUUCCUGGGUAGGCCCAGCAGAAGGGGCUUCCCCCCCCCAGGAGACAGUUGUGGUGGCCGGCCUCUCGCCCGCCCCGGAGCCGGCAGAAGCGGCGGGUCGUCCCCUUCCACCUCUCCCUCCUCUUCCCGGUGGGUCUGGGAACUCGUUCGCAUGGCAGUCACGUCCGGCAGUGGGAUCGUCGCUGGGGCUUCAUCGAGUGAUGAGAGAACAGACGUCAAAACGGCCUUAUGAAUAUUGAUGCGGAGGCAAGGCUGCUUUCGUAAAGGAGCAGAAGGAAGCAAGAUGGCUGCCCUUUAGGAUUGGAUCGAAGGCAGGCAAGAUUGCUUUGGCUGGAGUCGACGAGGCGGAGGGACUGCCGAAGGAGAUCCAGUAAGAGGAUAACCUCGUGGAUGGCUCUACAGUAAGCCAGAUGGAACAGGAUAGAACUAAUCAUGAUGAAGGCAAUAGUUUAAAUCCUUUUUUAAUUCCACAUUCUUCUCGUGUUUGCCAAGCAGAGCCUUUGUCAGUGAAGCUGCAUAAUGGAAACACAUCAGCAGAAAAGAUCUACAAUGAACUGAAUGGCAACCAUAUGUGGCUGCAUGGGAAGGCCAGUUAUGGAAUGCAGCAUCCUGCAAAAAGGAAUGAGAGUAGUCGGAUAAGUCCUGACCUUCUUCAGCAAAAGAAACAUUGCAGCGGGUAUUUGCAAAAUGGUGGGAUAAAACGCACUUUUAGUGAUCCUUCUUUGUACGGACUUCACCAGAACAAGAAGCGUAAACAAGAUGAAGAAGCAAAAAGCUCAUUCGCUGUCAGCAACCAAGCAGGUGCUUCUAAUUCAUGCAAUGAGAAGAAUGUUGUGGAUUUUGGAACAGAACAAAAUACAGCUUCAGUUCUUAUACAGUCUUUAAGAUGCAACUCUGGUGCUUCAAAAUCUUCUCCAGCUCCCCAGAUUCAGAAUGAACAAGGGGGUGAAAAUAGUAACUGCCACAACAGGGACUUUGACAUGGCAUAUAAGAACAAGGCAGCUACAAUGCCUAAUGGUGCUAUAGUUUCUGCCUCUUCCAUGAGAGACAUGCAUGGUGAAUUCCUGGAAAAAAAAGUGUCUCAGUAUAAUCCAGAACAUGUUUUCAGUGGAAUGCAGACAACUACAUCUUUUACAAAUGCCAUAAACACUCGGGCUAGUAAUGUGUUGACAUGUGGCACAUCACAUUUACUGCAUACCUCAGGGCAGAUAAGUUCCGCUCAAACCUCAAACUCUGAGCUGCCUCAGGUACUGGCUUCUGUAGCUACUGAAGUCCAAAAUAUAGAAAACUCCAGUAAAAGAUCGAUUUUACAAGCAAGCUCCAAUUUUCAUCAUUCGGAAGUAAUGAACUCAGAGCAGCAAAAGUCAGAAAAUACCUACCAGUCACCUACAAACAACCAUGAAGUUUCAGAAAACACAGGGCAGGUUCCCAGUCAGGAUUUCUCACUCAAUCCUAACAACAAUCUGAAGACUCAUAGUAGCUCAGAGAUUUUGUCACAACCAAGAGAAGAAACUGGUGCUUCCUUCCAACAAGAUCCCGUGUUCAGGAAUGGUUCUUUUAAUCUACCCCCUAUUGCACUACCUUCUCCUGGGCAGGAAAUAAGAAGUGUGCUCUCCAUUGAGGCUUCAGAAGAUCCUAGUAAUAUUUUCAAUUUGACAGAAGAAAAUAAUAGAGGGCAAGCACAUCAUCAGAGAGAACAUGCAAAAACAAUUUCUAGCUUUUGCCAACAAACUCUUAGUUCUCAACAGGGUCAUCAAUACAAAAUUCAGGUUUCACAAGCAACUGGGAAUAAAACAGAUAUAGAUCUCAGUACAGUGAUAUUGGGUAUGAAGCAGCAAGAUCCUAGUGAAAUUCAAUCCAAACUGGAGUCUAAAAUUCAGGAUCCACAAAGAUUAGGAACCAAUAAAGAAUUGCAACAUUUUCCACAUCUUCUGAAUCAGGUUAAUCAGCAGACUUCUCUUGAUAAUGAAAAAGGUCUGGUGAAAAAUCACUUGGAGCAGUCACAAACCCACUCACAAGCUACUUGGAUGAGAAUGACUUCUUCUCCCUUUCACCCCAGUGAUUCUUCUCCAAAAUCAAAUGAAACACUUUUGAGGACCAUGCUUCAACUCCAGACAAAUUCAACUGAGCCGACACAUCCAAAACAAUAUAUUAGAGGUUCCAAUGAAUCAAAAGGAGUCACAGGGCAAUCUUGCUACCAGAACAUUACAGACAGUGAACAAAUACCAGCAUUAUUUAAAAGGGAGGCAACACAACCGCCUCAUCAUUUUACUCCUGAUUUGCAAAUUCCAUUUGAAAAGCACUCACCACAAUCCAAAAGGAUGAAUAAUCAGCAACAAAAUUCAACUCACUUUCACCUUCAAUCACAAUCUGAACUCCACCUUGAACAGACUUUGGAGGCACAGUUAAAGCCUCAGCAUUCAGAUCUUCCAUUUGAGGAUGACCAAUUUAUACAUUCACAAAUUUUGCCCCCAAUACUCCAGACUCAGCCAAUACAACCACCACAGAAUUCACAAGUAACAAUGAACUCUCCACAACAAAUAAAAACCACAAAAUUGUCCCAAAUCUUUCCCCAGUCAAGCAACAGCCAAGAAGAGCAAGGGGAAAGAACGUCCUUAAAUCAUCUUAAAUUAGAAGAGUGCUUUGAAGUAGCAAGUAAUUACUUCAAAUCAGUUGAGUUCCCAAUACAAAUUCCCCAGACCAGAGUGGACCAUAUUUCAAAUACAGCCAACAAAAACUCCCAUUAUAACCAGACAAAUAAUGUAAUGAAACAUUCCUGUGCAAACAACAUGCACUUGGUUUCUGAGAAAAAGGAAGAUACCUUAAUUCAAAAUAUAUCUCGCAACUUGCAGCACAUGGAAUAUUAUCCAAAUAGUGUAACUCCUAAACAAGAUCUGUCCCAGGGCUUUCAGGAACAAAAACCUCCAUCUCCACCAACUUCAUUUAUACAGGUGCCCUUCCAGCAAACCCAAGAAUAUUCUAACAUGACUACCAACGUGGAUAACUCACAAGCUAGUCAGAUUCAACAAAAUUACUCACCCUAUAAUCAGCAAGCAGCAUCCCAUGCAAUAGAUCAGAGCCAUGGUCACUAUCUUCCCUCACAACCUCACAAAGAGUUUCAAAAGCAUGCUGCUAUUAGAUGGCAUAUUUUGAAUAAACAAGCUAACCAAAAUAAAUCUGUGUCAUGUCAAGCUAUGGGCUUCAAAUCUAUCAAAACUGAAACUGGCACAAAGGUGAAUGCUUGCCUUCCUCUACCGGUUGGACAGUUGGAAAACAAACCAUGGAAGAAAACAAUUAAACAAGAGGUUCAGCACUUUGGUUGUGAGAACAUGCAACAAAAGAGUAUAAUUGAAACCAUGGAGCAGCAGUUGAAACAGAUUCAGGUCAAAACACCUUUUGAUCACAAGUCCCUUACUAUCAAAUCGCCCAAACAUGUGAAAAUUGAGGCUGCAGGACCCGUUACUAUUCUGACAAGGGAUUCUAAUGGUGCAGAUUUCAACAGCCAUGACAUCUCUUUAGAUCAACAAGCCAUUCAUUCUAAUGAAAAAACACCAACCAAAAGAAGUGCUGGAACCAUGCUCAAUAAUUUCUUAGAGUCGCCUUCUUCAUUACUAGAUACACCUUUAAAAAACUUGCUGGAUACACCUGUCAAAACUCAGUAUGAUUUUCCUUCAUGUAGCUGUGUGGAACAGAUAAUUGAAAAAGACGAGGGGCCUUUCUAUACUCACCUAGGAGCUGGUCCUAAUGUCGCUGCUAUUAGAGAAAUAAUGGAAGAAAGAUAUGGACAAAAGGGCAAAGCCAUAAGAAUAGAAAAAAUUGUCUACACAGGGAAAGAAGGCAGAAGUGCUCAAGGAUGCCCUAUAGCUAAAUGGGUGAUUCGUCGAAGUGGAACUGAAGAAAAACUUCUUUGUUUAGUGCGAGAACGUGCAGGCCACAGUUGUGAAACAGCUGUGAUAGUUGUACUUAUCUUAGUGUGGGAAGGCAUAUCUCAGAGCCUAGCAGACAAGCUGUACUCUGAAUUGUCUGACACUUUAAUGAAGUACGGCACACUCACAAACCGGCGGUGUGCACUCAAUGAAGAACGAACCUGUGCGUGCCAAGGUCUAGAUCCUGAGACUUGUGGUGCUUCUUUUUCUUUUGGUUGUUCAUGGAGUAUGUACUAUAAUGGUUGCAAAUUUGCCAGAAGCAAGAUUCCAAGAAAGUUUAAACUAUUAGGCGAUGAUCCAAAAGAGGAAGAAAAGCUAGAAUCCAAUCUGCAAACUUUGUCAACUCUGAUGGCACCCACUUACAAGAAACUAGCACCUGAUGCAUAUAGCAACCAGAUUGAAUAUGAACACAGAGCUCCUGAAUGUCGUCUGGGUUUAAAAGAAGGUCGUCCAUUCUCAGGGGUCACUGCCUGCCUGGAUUUUUGUGCUCAUUCUCAUAGAGACCUACACAAUAUGCAGAAUGGUAGUACAUUGGUCUGCACACUAACCAGAGAAGACAAUCGUGAAAUUGGCCAAACACCAGAAGAUGAACAAUUGCAUGUGCUACCCUUGUAUAAAAUAUCCAGUGUAGAUGAAUUUGGAAGCACAGAAGGCCAGGAAGAAAAAAAGCGAAAUGGUAGCAUCCAGGUUCUUAGUUCUUUUCGACGAAAAGUAAGGAUGCUGGCUGAACCUGUGAAAACCUGUCGGCAAAAAAAGUUGGAAGCCAAGAAAGCAGCAACAGAGAAGCUGGCCUCCAUGGAGAAUGGGCCUAACAAACAUGAGAGAGAAAAAUCAGCCUCAGCACGUCAAAAGCAGCUCAAUGCAGAAGUGCCAGCUCAUGGCAAGCGAUUAGCAGAUCUUUUGCAUCUUUCUGGACCAGCUGUGCCACAACAGCAACUUUACCAACAUCCAUGCCAGGCUUUCUCUUCUAAACAUCAGUCAAACCAUGGCAAUUUAUACUCUGCUUCUGAUUCUACCAAUCUCUAUAUGAGUCUAUCUAAUCCAGCUAAUUCAUAUUCAAACUGUACACAUCCUUCCAAUCCUUAUGGAGGAUCCAAUCCAAUGAAUAUCUACCAGACUUCAUCACAACCUACAGGAACUUAUUUGAAUUCUUCCGGCCUCAUAAAUCCCUAUUCUAUUCAUUUAGGUCAAAAUAACCAGUAUCCUCAUUAUCCAUGCAAUGGAAGCUUAUCAAUAGACAAUUGUUCUUAUUACAAUUCCUAUUCUGCUCAAACUCAGCAUAUGGACUUGUUUAGGUAUCAGAGCCAAGAUUCUCUGUCUAAACUAAGUCUACCUCCAAUACAUACAUUGUAUCAGCAUAGGAUUGGAAAUAAUCAGAACUUUGGGCACAGGUACUUGAAUUAUGGAAACCAAAAUGUUCCAGUAGAUGCUUUUAACAAAUGCGCCUUUAGACCAAAUGUUCAUCAUGCAGGUUCUUUCCCACCUUACUCCCAGCAUGAGACUGAUAAUCCUUUUAUGGACAUCACCUCCAGGCUGAAAUCUAAUCUAAAUCCAGGUGUGGAUUUUAUGAAUAAAAAUGGUGAUCAUCUGUAUCCCCCACCACACCUUACCCAUGACUAUCAUAGUAUGUUCAAUGGCUCUUCUCAUUCACUCCAUCUCCAGAACAAGAAUAGUCAGGUAGCUAAUGGGUUGUCAAACCUCUUUCCAGAUUUUAACCAUAACAGAACAGCUUCUGAAGUAGGUGCAAAUAAAACAGAGGUGCUCAAUGCAGAGGAUCCUGAUGAUGUCUGGUCAGACAAUGAGCAAAGUUUUCUGGAUCCAGAAAUAGGUGGUGUUGCAGUGGCCCCAUCCCAUGGAUCAAUCCUCAUAGAGUGUGCUAAACGUGAACUCCACGCUACAACCCCAUUGAAAAAUCCUAACAGGAAUCACCCUACAAGGAUAUCACUUGUCUUCUAUCAACACAAAAGUAUGAAUGAGCCAAAGCAUGGUCUGGCUUUGUGGGAGGCAAAAAUGGCUGAGAAGGCAAGAGAAAAAGAAGAAGACUGUGAAAAGUAUGGUCCAGAUUAUGUGCCUCAGAAAGUACAUGGCAAAAAAGUAAAACGGGAGCCUGCUGAAUUAAACGAGAACCUGGAACCAACCUAUUUUAGAUUUAUCAGGUCCCUUGCACAAAGGACGAUGUCUCUUACCACAAAUUCCACAGUAACCACAUCUCCAUAUGCCUUUACACGGGUUACAGGGCCUUAUAACAGAUAUAUAUAAAAGUCACAUCUUUGUUUAUUACCUCAUCCUUUAAAAAAAAUCCUCCUAUAUUAGAUAGUAUCAGAGCAAGAUACAGUAUUUUUCUUUUUCAUUUGUCAUUGAGGAAAUCUUCUCCAUCCCAGCAAAAUAAGUAAUUUUACCACUGCAUACAUAUGGAGAGCUGUCAAAAGUAACAAUCUGAAAUUAAAACCAAAGUAUCCUAUGCAAAAUUAAGAAGACAUAACCAGUUAGGACUGAAAUACUGCUAUUACUACUGGUAAAAAGAAUGACCAUAAUUUUAAAAUUGUAUAUCUAUAACCAUUGUUUUCAAGAGCAGAUUAAGCAAGGGAAUGUUUUUGUUUUUAGUAGUGAAAACUCUGUAGUCUUUCUUCUGCAGAACAUUUAAGAUUCUGCUCGGUGCUCAACUGAUGCUAUACUGAACUGGUUACUGGAAAUGUAGCUUUUUAGCAUAGAACAUUUUGUUUGUUUUUGUUUGGCUUUAUUUUGUUUUGGCUAUAAUUUUAAUAUAAAUUGAUAAUAAUCAGGAUAGCUACACUUAUAACAAAAGCACUGAAUUUGUUUUGGCUAUUCUAAAACAUGGUGCUGUAUACAAAAAUGGUGUCUACUGCAGCAUUUAGAUAAGUUUUAAUGUCUUUUAUUAGCACUAGAUAAGGUAAAAACAGAUCCUGCUCUCUUUAAUCUGUAAACAAAACCUUUACAUUUGUGUUGACAUCGAGUUAAUCUGAAUUUUUUAAAAAACAAAUCAGCUACAACUCAUUGUUUAAGCAUGGGUGUCCAACCUUUUGGCUUGCCUGGGUCGUAUCAAGUGAAAAGGAAUUGGUUUCAACUGCAUAUAAAAUAUAUAAUAUAGUUAUUGUGUAUAAAUCACAUAAUGUUAAAUGUUUACAAUCCUGUGGAGGCACAUUACUAGCUGUCCAGCCACGAGUUGGACACACUUGUUUUAAAGCAUGAAAAUCUGGAUGAAACAAGGGCAAGAGCCAACAAAGCUAUCAUAUGAGUACUGCAGGCGGAAUGUGUCACUGUGCCAGUGGCAGCUAGAACAACAAAAGCAAUAAAGGCAGCUUUUGAGAAAUAUUUUCCCGGUAACUUAAUACCCCAUAGAAUUGUAAAUCAGAAAAGAAACUGGUCUUCUUUUGUUUGCAUAAAGCUAUUGAAGAUAACAAUUUUAUCUUGAUUAUCAAGAAAAUGCAAGUAAGGCUUUCAUGCCGCAGGCCUGAAUACUCAUUCUGCUACUUCUCCAAGCGAAAUAAGCUUUGUUAGAUCUCACUAAAAUUCGUUCAUUUGGCAAAGAUCUGAUUAAGAGCAGCAAACAAUAGAAAAAUAUUUUGUGAAUGGUGCUUGAAGAACUCUUUGGGCUGCCACUGAUGAACAUUAAUCUGGGUGCUAAAACUCCCCAAACAUUUACUGUAACAUUAAAAGAAACUUAUUUGAAGAAAUGCAUUUAGUAUAUACAUAUUAAAUUCAUGUAUUACCCAGUAUCACUGGGAGUCAGGUAACAUACAUUUAAUAACUUAUUGUUAUGAUGAUUAUUAAGAGUAAUCUGCAGUUAGAAUUGUAGUCUAAGAUUGGUGAAAAAUUAAUUCAAGACUUAAUGAUGAACUCAAGAAUUAUUAAGAUAGUACCUAAGGAUAUAGACCAGGACUUCUCAACCAGUGGUAUGGGUACCACCUGUGGUACAUUGCCACCUGGCAGGUGGUACGCAACCAUCCUACAAAAGUGGUAGCAGGGGAGGGGAAUGAGCUGAACUGGUGGCAGCACCGCACA